CAGUGGAAGCGAGUGAGUGACUCUUGCUGUCACCUCUGUCAACACUUACGUGGAUCGGCUUCGAAUAUUGUUGUAUUUAGUGGCCCAAAAAGUACAUAAAUAUUUGCAGCGAAAAUGGACGUUGGAACGAUGUUCGACGAUGUGAAGAGGAUGAACAAGAGACAGUUCAUAUACCAAGUGCUCAGCUUUGGUAUGAUUGUAACAUCUGCACUCAUGAUCUGGAAAGGUCUGAUGGUGGUGACGGGCAGCGAGAGUCCCAUCGUGGUGGUGCUAUCUGGCAGUAUGGAGCCAGCCUUCCAUCGGGGGGAUUUGCUAUUUCUAACAAAUUACCCUGAAGAACCAAUCAGGGUCGGAGAAAUCGUCGUCUUCAAAGUGGAGGGCAGAGACAUUCCCAUUGUGCACAGAGUAUUAAAGCUCCAUGAAAAAGAGAAUGGCACAGUCAGUUUUCUGACAAAAGGUGAUAAUAAUAGUGUGGAUGAUAGAGGUCUGUACGCUCCCGGCCAACUGUGGCUGACAAAGAAGGAUGUUGUUGGAAGGGCCAGAGGGUUCCUACCAUAUGUUGGUAUGGUCACAAUCAUAAUGAAUGAAUAUCCCAAGUUCAAGAUUGCAGUAUUGGCCUGCCUGGGAUUCUAUGUUUUACUGCACCGAGAAUAAUGAUAAGGAGUAAAAAAGAAAUGAGUUUUUUUUGUCAUUGAAUAAAUAUUUCUUACUUAUUAAAUCCA